ACUUAUUAAAUAGAUCAAUAAUGGCAUUAAGUGACGGAAUCACAAUACCAGGUUCACUCGAGUACCAAGUGCAGAUUAAAGAAAACAGUAGUGAUGCUAAAUCUGGUGAUGACGUCAUUACCGAGGAGAGACUGCAGGCCGCUUUUCAGCUGAUGAGGGAACUCAUUCCCCAGAUGGGAGUGCAUAAGGCCCUGUUUGAGUUGAUCUUCUCCGAGCUACACAAAUCCGUGUUCAGUAAGGAGUUGACAGUCUCAGCUGAUGCUUCGAUGUCAGUCCACACGAAGCAAGGAGGAACAGCCGCCCCUGUACAGUACCAGUCGUACUUCACUCUUUACCACAAUCUGGUCAGAUCCAGAGAUGAGAAGGCGGAAUCUCUUCAGUCUUAUAUUGGAUCUCUUCAAGACAGCCUGUCUGAGAAAGAGAGUAUUUUGGAAGGAUGUCGGAAUCAGGUUGCAGAUUUGAAUGAACACGUCAGCAACUUAUCUGCAGAAAAAAGCGACCUUGAACAGAAGCUGGUUCAACUCACUAAUACCAUCACCAAAUUAGACUCCAGCUUUAAGGAGUUUGUUUCUCAAAAGGACAUUUCGGAUCUACAUUACGAAGACGAAAUUCUCAAUUUGCAGAGUGAACUGAAUUCGACAUCUAUGGAGCUGGAAAGAAUUGAAAAGUUCGAGACUCUCUACAAUGAACUAGACAAUGAUUUCAUAGCAGAGGAAAUGCAGAUAAACAAGAUGCCCGCCCAAAUCGUGCCCGCUUCGAACAAAAAUAGUGUGUUGGUUGACCUAAAAUCGUGUCAGGCUCUAGAGCGCCAGCUACUGACUGUACAGAACUCCUUAAUUGAGGAGUUUGACCAGCACAUGGAAAAGUACAGGGAGAAAAUGGAGAGUGCAAAUCUAGCCAAGAAUUUCAGAGACAAUAAAGGCAGCUACGAGAAGGACGAGAAGUUCCUAGCAGAGGUCGACACCGAGUUAGCGGAGAAGCAGCGUGUAUUCCGUCGAACUAUCGAAGACGUGGAGGCGGAGUUGGAGAUGUUGAGCAUCCAUCGGGAGAACCUGGAAGUGAACAGAGACAGGAUCAAGUUAGAGGAGGAGGAGAAGGCCAGGGAUCUGGCCCCAGCCGGAGGGGGAGGGGGCAAACAGGACAAAAAGGGCGGGCCAAAUAAACAAGAAAAGAAAGGAUCUGAGGACAAAGACAAGGAGGCUCCCAUGACGGCUGCUCAGAGGGAGGCAAUGGAAACCGUGUUUGAUAAGCUGGACGCCCAAGAGCAGAUCACGAGCAAGUACUCUUCCAUCAUCUACUUCUCAAACAACAGAGGCAAGACCUUCUACGAACUGCCGCAGAACUCACUCUGCAACUCUUGUGGAACCACGACGAUGAUCUGUCCUCACAAAGUGGCGAGACAGGAUUGGGUAGUGGACCUGCCUCCGAACACUCACAUGCUGCGCAUAUCCAGACCGAAACUCAAACUGCAGAAGAAAUUGGACGACCGUGAAAUUGAAGCACUGUUCAGCAAACAGUUGAAGCAGGCCGCACAGCAGAAUACAACUGGAGACAAAAAGAUUCCUCCUCAAGAAGAGCAGACUGAGGCUACUAAAGUGGAUGGGUCGGAAGGCGGAUCUCGGUCGCAGAGCAAGGCGUCAAUGGGAGACAAUGGCGUGGCUGUGGUGUCCCAGGCAGACGUCGAGGAGCUGCAGGACGAUGCCCUCUACUUCUCACGAAUCAGAGACAUACAAGAGGGACUGGCGCCCAUCACCCAAAAACUGCCGGAACAAUUUGAGAGGAUCUGGGCUGACUUCAGACAGCGUACUAGUGGGUCUCUACGCCUUAUUCCACGACAAAUCUCCGAGGAGCGCGUCGUGAGUAUCGCGGAACAGUUUCUCUCUCAGGUUUUGUGGACUGACAGAUCAGUGGACGUGGAAAACAUUCCUUCAAUUGUGGACAGUCUGUACAGUAUGUUUGAGAGUCGCUUCCUCAUCCCCAAAAUGGCACACUUCACUCUGUUCGACUUUUUCAGCUCACUCCAGCACUUCGCCGCAAAUAACAUAGUACUUUUGACCCUGGUGCAGUGUGUCAGUGGUGACCUGGACUUCUCUUCUCUGAGGAUCCUAGUGCAUCUGGGCCAGCUGAUCAAGUCCAUCCAGUGGACUAGUCUGGAUGACCUCUACUGGCUCAUACAUGUCGCAUUUGACUUUCUGCCGGCGGAGGAAUGUGACAAUCUGGUGUUGGAUUAUGUGUCCUUCAGCAAGAACUGUCUCAGUGCAGAACUAGUGAUGCACUUCUUCUUCUAUCUCACUCUGAAGAACAGAGACCCCAGGAUCAGCCACAGCGAAAUUAGACUUUGUCAGUUCCCCUGUGCUGAUCCGGGCUACAUGAGCGAAAUGGAGUUCACUAUUGCCAUCAAUGACAUGGUACACAUGCACUCAGUGCCUCUGAGGACUCGGUUGUUCAACCAGGCACUGAAGGCACAGCAGCAGCAAAGACCGCGAGCCAGAAACCAGGAUAAUGCUAAUGCUGCUGUUCUUGCUCCUGAAAAGGAUAAGUCCAAGGGAUUAGACAAGAGUAGAGGGAAGGAGGGAGGGGUGGUGUUUGAGACUCUGGUGAGAGUGGCUGCCUAUCUGGAGUUGCUGGACUCCUUCGAGACUGCCAAGAAGAAAUUCUCGGAAGGAGACAGAAACGAAAGACAAGCCGAAUACCCUAAAGGUCUGAAGAUCCGAACUGUGGCUGAUAAAAAUCCAAUCAUCAGCGCUGACAGUCUGCUCAAACUCGCCAACAAUUUCUCUCAACGAGAAAGGAGCAGAAUAAUGAGAAAUAUGCAGGCAAGCAUUGACAAAGUUACGUCAACUAAGAAAUGAGCUCAAUCCAAAUUUUCAUUGUUUUCAGAGACAUAAUUCAGGCAUUUUCUUUUGUAAAUAUGUACUGCGAGUUGUAACUAUGUAUGUAUAAUAAUCUUAUUUUAUAAAUCCAACUAAAAGUGCUGAUUCAAAGUCCUAAACUUGUAAAAUCGUAAUGUGUAA